AUGGGGUGUGAAAAUAGCAAUUCAAAGCUCAUUUACUUGGCUUUGGCAUCGCUUCAUAUUGACUUUGCUCUUGUUGUCCUGGGCUAUGAGGACAAAGAGUUGGAGGUUUGGAGGAAGAAACCAGCAAGUUACAUCAAAUCCAUAAUGGAAACGUCUGUAGAUUCUGACAAAAAUGAACAUCAGGAACUUGAAAACCAGGGUUCUUCUGCUGAUGGGGUCCGUCCUCAGCGGAGAGGUGCCCAGUGCAGGACGAGACCUACAGAUCUGGUGUUCAUUGUGGACAGCUCCCGAAGUGUGCGCCCCAAUGAAUUUGACAAAGUCAAGAUUUUUGUGUCUCAGGUCAUUGAGGCACUUGAUGUAGGUCCUAAUACAACACGGGUUGGAGUCAUCAACUAUGCCAGUGCUGUCAAGAAUGAAUUGUCCCUAAGAACGCAUCAAACAAAGACCAGCCUGUUACAAGCUGUUCGCAAGAUCGAGCCUCUCUCCACUGGGACCAUGACAGGCCUGGCUAUACAGUUUGCCAUCAACAGAGCAUUCAGUGAAGGGGAAGGAGCCAGGGUGAGAUCCCCAGAGAUCAACAAGGUGGCCAUUGUAGUGACGGACGGUCACCCCCAGGAUGGGGUGAAAGAUGUGUCAGCAAGGGCAAGAGCUCUUGGGAUCGAAAUCUUUGCCAUUGGUGUGGGCCGUGUCGACAUGCGUACUUUGCGACAGAUAGCCAGCCAGCCCCUGGAUGACCAUGUGGAUUAUGUCGAAAGUUAUAGUGUCAUUGCGAAGCUGAGCAAAAAGUUUCAGGAAGCUUUCUGCGUUGUGUCAGAUUUGUGUGCCACCGGAGACCAUGAUUGCCAGCAGAUUUGUGUCAGUACAGGAGCCUCGUACGCCUGCGCUUGUGAAGUGGGCUUCACCCUUAACAAUGAUGGGAAGACCUGCAGUGCCAAAGAGAACAAAGAACACACUUUCAGACAGGAAUCUUAG